CCAAACAACGACCAAUCCCUUCGUAAAUGCAGUCGCCUGGCUCUGAACUUUCUCCAGAGGGUUGGGUUCUAUUCGUGUUCCCCUGCUGCAAUUCAAAAGACAAGUUCUUCAGGAAUGGUGAACAGAUGGAGAGUUCCAUCGCUUUUUGAUCAAAUUCAUGCUUACAUCACUGCUCAGGUUCUUGGGUAAUCAUCAACAAGCGCAAAUAGAUGCUCAAGAUCAAUAAAGGAGGGAUUUUUAUAGCAGCCCUGUUGAUUUAUACUCUUUCUUGAUAAGCACUGCUUGUUGUUAGAUGAACCAAAUCUCAUGGAACCUCCACAACUUUCGCCAUCUCCUGAAGCAUUGCAUAGCUGAGAGAGACUUCUUGACUGGGAAAUCCCUCCACGCACUGUACAUCAAGUCCAUCGUCCCUUCCUCCACUUACCUCUCCAACCACUUCAUCCUCCUCUAUUCCAAAUGUCGCCGUCUUGUAGCCGCUCGCCGCGCCUUCGAUCUGACCCCGAGCCCGAACGUGUUCUCCUUCAACGCCAUCAUUGCGGCCUACACGAAGGAAUCUCAGAUGAAGGUCGCUCACCAGCUGUUCGAUCGAAUUCCCGUGCCAGAUCUCGUUUCCUACAACACUAUGCUUUCUGCUUUUGCUGAUCGAGGUGAGAUUGGACCUGCAUUUUCCUUGUUUUCAGGGAUGAGGGAGAUGGGGCUUGACAUGGAUGGCUUCACAUUAUCUGCCGUGGUCACGGCUUGUGGUGAUGAUGUUUCUUUGAUGAUGCAGUUGCAUUCUUUUGCGGUUUCCAGUGGUCUUGAUUCUUAUGUUUCUCCGAGCAAUGCGCUUCUAACAUAUUACAGUAAGAAUGGUUAUUUGAAUGACGCGAAGAGGCUGUUCAAUGAGAUGGGAGAGGCCAGAGAUGAGGUUUCUUGGAAUUCGAUGAUAGUUGCUUAUGGACAGCACCGGGAAGGGCUGCGAGCACUGGAGCUGUUCCAAGAAAUGAUUAGGAAGGGCUUGUAUGUAGAUAUGUAUACUUUGGCCAGUGUUCUCACUGCAUUCACCUGCUUGAGCGAUUUGGUAGGCGGGCUUCAGUUUCAUGCUAAGCUCGUAAAAACAGGGUUCCACCAGAAUUCACAUGUUGGGAGUGGCUUGAUUGACUUGUAUUCUAAGUGCAAGGGUGCCAUGUCGGAUUGUGAGAAAGUAUUUCAAGAGAUCGAGGAUCCAGAUUUGAUUCUGUGGAACACUAUGAUUUCAGGGUAUUCACAAAACGAGGAAUUCUCAGAGGAGGCUCUAGACUGUUUCCGCAGUAUGCGAAGAGUUGGGUACAGACCGGAUGAUUGUAGCUUUGUUUGUGCAAUCAGUGCCUGCUCCAAUCUCUCAUCUCCGUCUCAGGGUAAACAAAUGCAUGGUUUGGUAAUCAAAUCAGAGAUUCCCACAAAUUGGAUCUCUGUUGAUAAUGUUUUAGUUGCAAUGUAUUCGAAAUGCGGGAAUCUGGGGGAUGCCAGGAGGUUAUUUGAUAGGAUGCCAGAAUAUAAUACUGUCUCACUUAACUCAAUGAUUGCAGGUUAUGCUCAGCAUGGAUUAGGAGAGGAAUCUCUUACUCUCUUUCAAACGAUGCUGGACAUUGAUAUCCCUCCUACCAGUAUAACUUUCAUCUCUGUACUCUCUGCGUGUGCACAUACUGGGAAAGUUCAUGAGGGCCAAACAUUUUUCAACAUGAUGAAGGAGAAGUUUGGGCUUGAACCAGAAGCAGAACAUUACUCGUGUAUGAUUGAUCUACUAGGUCGGGCGGGCAAAAUAAGUGAAGCUGAGAAGCUCAUCGAGACAAUGCCAUUCAGUCCUGGCUCCAUUGGCUGGGCCUCAUUGCUUGGCGCAUGCAGGAAGCAUGGAAACAUGGAGAUAGCUGUCAAAGCAGCCUAUCAGUUUUUGCGGCAUGAACCUGCGAAUGCUGCUCCAUAUGUUGUACUCUCAAAUAUGUAUGCUAGUGCUGGCAGACUGGAAGAUAUGGUAGCAGUAAGAAAGCUAAUGCGAGACAGAGGUGUUAAAAAGAAACCCGGUUGCAGCUGGAUCGAGCUAAAUCGAAGAACCCAUGUAUUUGUUGCAGAAGAUAGUUCACAUCCAAUGAUCAAGGAGAUUCAUGAUUACUUGGAUGAGAUGCUAUUGAAGAUUAGGAAGGUUGGUUAUGUACCAGAUGUUAAUCGGUUUUCGUUAAAGGAGGAUGGAAUGGAGGAAAAAGGGAUGGAAAUAAGAUUAAGACAUCACAGUGAGAAGCUAGCAGUAGCGUUUGGGUUGAUUUCGACGAAGGAUGGGCAGCCAAUUCUCGUGGUGAAAAAUCUUAGAAUAUGUGGGGAUUGCCAUAAUGCAUUCAAACAUAUCUCUAAAAUUACAAAAAGGGAAAUCACUGUUAGGGACACCCGCAGGUUUCAUUGCUUCAAGGAAGGGCAAUGCUCUUGUGAGGAUUACUGGUGAUUAAAGCAUUUGACUGUGUCCUUUUCAGAGUUCAAUUGGUAUGUAAAUCAGAAUACUAGUUAUUUAUCUUGAAUUCAAAACCUAAUGUUAUGUGCCAUUGGGUUAUAGUC